AUGCGUGCCUCAUCGGUUUCGCAUGGCAUUCGGGGCAUCUUCCCACUCAUUCGAACCUUGGUGCCGAAUGCGAUAUCACCGCCCUUUGCACUUCCGGCGCUUCAGGGCUUGCGGCUGGCCAUAGAUGCUACGCUGCUCGUACAACGGCUUCACUUCGCCGACGACCCGCAUCCUUCCCGACACGUCAUCGGCUUUUACCGCCUCAUCUCGUCACUGCGCCAACAUGGCGUCAUGCCAAUCAUGGUUUUUGACCACCCUCACAAGAGACUAGCUCUGAAGGAUCGAGAGCAGGUCAAGAGAAGGAACAAGCGCGAACUCGACAAGAUUCGCAGCAAGCUAGAACACGAGCGACGCGGCCGUCUGCAAGAGCUUCAGGCACAUCUGGACGCCUUGUCAACACUGCAAGAAUCCGAGAGGCGGCAAGUCGGAGACCUACUCGAUGAAUGGCGACAGCAAUCACAACAAAAGCUGUCCGAGAAGCUCAGUCAACCAUCGACCUCCACGGCUCCGCCAUCACAACCACAGUCAAUAGCUUUGACACCACCACCACUCCCAGAAGCACCCGCAAAACCACAGUCAAUAGCUUUGACACCACCACCACUCCCAGAAGCACCCACAAAACCACAGUCGGUGGCUUACAGCAUGCACACAAAUUGGCUACAACUCGAAGAAAGCUUGCGUAGUGGCGUCUCAAGUCAGUCAAAAGGGCAGAAGGUGCUGGCUGAAGCUGAGCAAGAGAUCUAUCACACGAUCGCUGCCCAGCUCAAGUCUGGCGAGGCGCCCCAGCCGCUGCCACCGAUACAAGAAGGGCUAGACACAGCGAUCGGAACAACAGAUGCCACUCCCUUGCAUCCUCUAUCCUCGCUGAACGCCAUGCACCAUUCCCUAACAAAGACGUAUAAUCGAGCAACAUCACCUCUGUCCGCUUCAAUAUAUCAAGACUGCGCCACGCUAUCUUCACUCAUGGCAGUCCCUGUGUUCUGGACAGGAGAUGGCACACGCACAGGCGGAGGAAGGAUUCAUGAAGCAGAAGCCUACGCUGCCUCUCUCGUCCGAUCAGGCUUUGCUGAUCUCGUUGCGAGCGAAGACAGCGAUGUUCUUCUCUAUGAAGCCCCUCUCUUGCGUGGUCUGAUGGGCGGUGUUCGCAGUCCAGGAGUGCUGACUCGAGAAGCUGGGAGGGGAAAGCUUGAGGUUGUCUGCGGAACACGUGUCCGCACAGGCCUCUUUCCCAAGCCUGAAGUCGAAAAGCUCAUGCAGCUUCAUACAGGGAGCGAUAGCACCGCCAUGACCUCUGGCAACGCCGAACCGUACGAUCGAACGACUCGCGCCUUGAUGCUCGACUUCGCUCUCCUCUGUGGCACUGAUUUCAACCGCACCAUACCAGGAAUCGGACCCAAAACAGGCUUGCGGUUGCUCAAAGAGCAUGGCUCAAUCUCGACCAUACUUCGCAAAGAAUCGAAAAAGUUCCGUCCACCAGAUGAUUUAUCGAUCAGGGAGUACGAGACAGAGCUGAGACAUGCAAGGUUGGUCUUCCUUAUGCCGCCUAAGGUCAGGGCUGCUGCGAGGUCUAUCCUGGGUACAGCGGCCAGUGGGGCAGCGGCGAAGAUGGUAGGGCAGCAAGGUGUGGCUUCUCCUGUUGAACGUACGUUGUUUGCGGAGGCCACGCCGACGUCAGCAGAGAUCUCUAAUGAAGUACAUAUCGCUGCUGCGGAAGUGACGAAUACUGCUUGCUCUGCAGAACCAGUGGUCGAGUCAAGCUCGGUGCUAGCAGUCGCUUCGACAAUAGAGACGGUAUCAAGCGGCGAAGACGGGGCCUUAAACUCUUCUUCCUCGGACGUCUCCGCGGACUCAGCAACGACAGCAAUAGUGUCAUACGAUCGUCAAGCAGUACACGAGUUCCUCCGUUCACAUGGCGUUUUCCGUUCCACCCUCUCCUCCGAUGACGAUCCCGACUCGCCUUUAGAGGAAUUCAACAGCCUCACUCGCGAACAAGAGUGGCGUGAUUUGUUGGAUCUCGAACUUGGCUUGACUUCAACUACCAGCAGCAGCAGUAGUGCAGCCAGUCUAUCCGACUUCCAUAGCGUUCUGGAAAAACAGAGCAGGGACACGAAGGGCGCGUUGGGAACGGCCACAUUGGGAGCGGACUUCUUUGGAGAACGCAAGGCGGUGGCUUGUUGGAACCCACAGAUGGAACAACAUGUCAGGGAGGAGACUAUUGCUCGCCGUCAUACCAAUUAG